AUGUCAAGUGAAGUGACAAGAGCUGAAAACGAAUAUUCUAAAAAGACUCAUACACAUACCAUUGCAAAUAUUACAAACUUACAAGAAACCUUAAACAGGAAAAGUGACGUUGGACAUACACAUACCAUUGCAAAUAUUACAAACUUACAAGAAACCUUAAACAGGAAAAGUGACGUUGGACAUACACAUACCAUUGCAAAUAUUACAAACUUACAAGAAACCUUAAACAGGAAAAGUGACGUUGGACAUACACAUACAUCUUCUGAAAUAACAGACUUAAACGUUAGCCUUGAAAAGAAGGCAGAUAAGAACCAUACACACGAUUUCUUCGCAACUGUUGGUAUAGAAAAUAUUGAAGGAACGGUUGAAGAAACUGGGGAUGUAUUAAAUUGGAAACCUCCUAACUUUCCACAAGGUUUAACAUCGGAGGAUGACAUAACAACGAUGAAAGACAUUAAAUGUAGAAAUGUCUAUGUCAUGGAGGAUGAAAACAAAGUUAAAUUCACUGCUCAAGAUUUAUAUGAUAAAAAAGCUGACAAAACAGAGCUUCAAACAUUAAAGACAGAAAUACUUCAAACACUAUAUCCUAUAGGUUCUAUUUACACGUCAAUGAACUCUACCAAACCAGAAACAGUUCUGGGUUUUGGAACUUGGACUCAAAUAGUCGACAGGUUUUUGUAUUGUGCAAACUCUUCAAAGGAAACAGGUGGAAGUAAAACGAUUUCAGGUGCAAAUUUACCUGCGCACAGUCACUACGUAAAUUUAAGUACAUCUGAAGCAGGUUUGCAUAGUCAUAGAUUUUGGGAUUGGUCAGCAAUGACAAAAGGUAAAGGAUAUGAUGUUAAAGAGGACGUUAAGUUUGCUAUAAAUUGUUACUGGGAUAACACUGAUGUAGGAGGAAUCCAUUCACAUCGCGUUUCAGG